AAAGAUAACGACACUUCCCCUAAAAAUAACCCAAUCCUUGAUUUUCUCAACUCGUAUAUUAUUAUUUACUAUAAAAAAGUCACCCCCUUUAACACUAACCCUAAUCCAAGAAUUCCCCGCGCUCGAUCGAUCGGCCUCUCGAUUCCUCCCAGAUCCGCACAGGAUUCAUCCAGAUGUCGGUAAAAACAGUAAAAGUUAGCAAUGUUUCCCUGUCUGCAUCUAAGCAGGAUAUUAGGGAAUUCUUCUCAUUUUCAGGCGAGAUAGUUUACGUGGAAAUGCAAAGUGAAUCUGAAAAUUCUCAGGUUGCGUAUGUCACCUUUAAGGAUUUACAGGGAGCUGAGACAGCAGCACUACUCACGGGGGCAACUAUAGUUGAUCUGCCUGUGGUUGUGAUGAUAGAAGAGAAUUACCAGCUUCCACCAGGAGCUUGCAGUACUGAGCCCUCCGCUUCUGACUCUGCUGUCAAGAAAGCCGAGGACAUGAUGAGCAGCAUGCUUGCCAAGGGCUUCGUCCUCGGAAAGGACGCUCUUAUGCGUGCCAAAUCCUUCGACGAACAUCACAACCUCACAUCCAACGCCGCUGCCACCGUGGCCAACCUGGACCGCCGCAUAGGACUAAGCGAGAAAAUCACCAUAGGCACAACCGUCGUAAAUGAAAAAAUCAAAGAGGUUGACGAAAAAUUCCAAGUAUCACAAAUCACUCGAUCAGCUUUUGCUGCUGCUGAGCAAAAGGCGAGCAGUGCGAGCUCUGCGAUUAUGACCAAUCCCUAUGUUUCGUCUGGGGCUUCUUGGGUUUCUUCGGCAUUUACAAGAUUUGCAAAGGCCGCGGGGGAUGUAGGGUCCAUGACGAAGGAGAAGGUGGAGAAGGCUGAGGAGGAGAAGAAGGAGAUAAUUUCGAAGCAGAGGACGGGGAUGGUGAAUGAGUAUGCUCAGCUUCAUCUUGAUGAUGAUGGGGAGCCAGCUACCGUUCCAGUAGUGGCAGUAGAUGAGAAAAAUGUUGGUCGAUGUUGAAAUUGAGGCGUUCUAUUCUCUAUUCUUUGUUUUUUGAUUGCUUCUUAUUUCAUUUGUACUUAAUAUCUUAGAUUGUUCGCUGUGAUUGAUAUUUGGAGAACUGAGCUACUAUGUGAAUGCUUGUAAUCUUAAUGGAAAAGAUAUCGUAUUUGGAUUUUUGUACUUUAUGGUGAAAAUUCGAGUUAUUUUAUGA